AUGAGAGCGCGCUCCGUUCGAACAAGUGGGCGCGUAACGCAGCGCAGCAGCUUCCAUCGCAACUUGUUCCCAGCGCUCCCAGCAGCUAGCCAUCAACGCUCGUUGCAGCUUACCCCCUGCGCUCCAGCCGCCUCGCCCCCACGGUGCAUCUAUAUAAGUCGAGCGUGCUUCCUCAUCUUCAGUGUGUGCGGUUCUUUGAGCUUUCUUCCGGUCCCGUCUUCCGGCUCUCUCGCUCUCUCCCCUCGCCUUGCGCGUUUCUUGGCAAGCCUGUACUCGAUCCCUCGAUUCGGAACCUCGUGCCAGCGAGCUGUCGUCAUGGGUCGCGCGUUGGUGCUAGCGUUGCUCGCGUUCUGCCUGGUGGGGUGCGCCUCGGCGCGCUAUGGCUCCCCCGCCAACGACGAGAAGGAGUUCAUCCCCGGGCAGCCCCAGGAGGCGUUCAGGAGCAGCGGCGGACGCGUGGAAGUGUGGAGCCCCGACUUCAAGCAGCUUCAGGAUGCGGACAUCGGCGCUGCUCUCGUGACCAUCGAGAGCCAGUCCCUGGCGCUGCCGCACUACACCGACUCGGCGAAGAUCAACUACGUGGUGGAGGGCGAGGCGUGCGUCGGGCUCGUCACCCCGCUCGGCAUGCCCACCAACAUGCGCCGGCUGCGCAAGGGCGACGCGUACAUCCACCCGCGCGGGUGGGCUCACUGGGCGUGGAACAGCGGCAACCAGCCGUUCCGCGCGGUCGCCAUGGCCGACACCUCCAAGGGCCCGCAGCGCGGCCAGUACACGUCGUUCCACCUCAUCGGCGCGCAGAAGGAGCAGAGCGGUGGUAUCCUGCACGGCUUCAGCUCCGAUCUGCUCGCACGCGCGUGGAACGUGGAGGAGAACGACGUGAAGCAGCUGCUGCAGGGGCAGAAGGAAACCGCCUUUGUGAAGGUCCAACAGAGAGAGCCAGGUCGACGCACUUAA